GUUCUUUGUUGUUGGUUGUAUAUGAAUGUUAAAAUAUUGAAAGUUGAAACUACUGUUACACUAUUUUAUUCGAUCUGCCUGACAAUAAAUUUUUAAAGAGUUCUCCCUGGUGACUGGCAAAGUCUAUAUCAGAUAUAUUCAUGUUGCUGUGGGUUUUAUUACGGGAAAACCGUAGUGCGUUGCAUUUAUUUAAAUUGCAAAAUUCAUUUUCUCUCGAAGUGUUGUGGGAAAAGUUUAUGAUUUUAAUAUUAUAGUUCAUUGUUUACGCGGUCACUAUGUUGAUCGCGCCAGCAAACUCGCGGUCUAGGGCUAACGAAAGAAGGGCAAAACCCUACUGCAAAUGCUGGAACAAAAAAACACCCGUUCUUUGGAAGCAGUUAAGAGCCUGCAGUUGCGGGGAAGACAAUGAUGUGAGUGAAUGGCGAUGGUCGACUCCAGACAGUAGCUCCAGUCGGGUAGUAAUUAGCGAAGACAGAAAGCAAGUCACCUUCCAUCCUUUCUACAGUACGGGCACAGCUGCUGCUAAAGGAGAUACACCAUUGCUGCACAACCACCACUACUACUGGGAAGUGAAAAUUCUUACGGACACAUAUGGCACAGAUAUUAUGGUAGGGCUGGGCACGAAUAAAGUAGACACGGCGGAAUCUCAAUUCAAGUUUACCUCUCUCCUCGGUCAAGAUGAAGAGUCAUACGGGCUAUCCUACACGGGGGCCGUGCGACACAACGCAAUGGUCGCCCGGGACUCUGCCGGUUUCUGCCGCGGGAGCAUCGUGGGAGUGCGAGUGGACUUGUGGCGAGGCACGCUCGAGUUCUACCUGAAUAGGAAACCACUAGGCAUAUCGUUCUACAACCUGCGCCGCCACCAGGCGCUGUACCCCAUGGUGAGCUCGACGGCGGCGCAGUCGUCCAUGCGGCUGAUCUACGCGGCGUCGUGGCGCGCGUCGCUGCUGGUGGACGCGGCCAAGGUGCUGGCCCCCUCGCUGGCGCCCCACGAGCGGCGCCUGCGGCUGCCGCCCGGCCUGUGGUACACCUUCCGCUCGCAGUUCUGGCUCACGCUGCCCUCCGAAGGAGGACAGUCGGACGACGAAAGUGAAAAGGACGAAUCAGCUGGCACUGAAGCCGUGAAAAUGACGAAAAGUAUGGUUCUCUCGACGGAUGAGUCACAGUUCCUUCGAUUCUCUCCUCAAAUUUCACCAGAAAGGUCUUUGUCAAAAUUAAAACUGUCCGGAGAGGAUGACUUUGAAGAUGAAUUAGAGAAGGAUGAGCAGCUGCUUGAACUGAACGACAAUCUACGUGACAGCUCUUGCACGCUGCAACGCGAAAAACAAAACUGCUAAACGAGGUCACUCCGGAUCAGUUCGUGAACGGAUACUACGUGGACAGCGUCGAACCUGACUAUCGGAUCGUCGUGUGGGAGUAAAGCUAUAAACAAUAUCUUAUGGGUCUUGAAUACUUCACGUGUUUAGUAAUAUUACAUUAUAGUAGUAUUGUAGUAGAAUUAACAUGAACGUAGCUAGAGAGUACCACGUUGGGUCGUCAGCUACAGCUGACAAAUACAUUUGCCACGACUUUCUUAUUAUUGUUCAGUAGUGUUGUAUUUGUCUUAAAUGAAUAUUGUGGAUUAGACUAGAAGAUAGAGUAGAUUUAAAAUAAUUAAUAUAUAUUUUUUCAAAUUGUAAGUCAUAAGUUUUUAACUUAUGUAUGUAGGCGUUAGGCUGUUUGCUGUAAUACCUUGUGCCACACUCAGAAAAAAACUGGCUGCGCCCAUGACAAUGAGCGUUUGCUACGAACGUAUAAUAUUGCUAUAGAAUUUUGUAAAUUUAGCAAAAGUUUAAUAAGCGAAUCCUGAGCGACGAUGGUUCCAAUCCUAGUCGCAACUAUUAAUAUAAUUUUAUGGUAGAUUUUGUUCCUUAAAUAGGCUAGUGUUUUGAAAACGUUAUUAUUAGAUUAAGAUAUUCUUCAAUAUAUAAAAAACGUUAUUUAAUUAUAUUCAUAUUUCAGUAGAAUAUAUUGACUAACUCUUUACACAAAAACUGAAAAUUACAAACUCAGCCUUAAAAAUCAGCACUUAGUUUUGUGUUUGCUAGUUCUGUAAUUUGUAAUGUAAUUUCAAACUACUUAGAGUGACAUUGAAAAUCCAAGUACAUAAUCUCUAUUUUGUACUAUAUUUGACAGGGCUAAAGGACUUAACGUCGUUUUUUAACCUCGUGCAAGUGAAAGAUAGCAAUCUAUUUUAGCUUUGUCAAAGUAGUUUAAAUAUUGUGUUUGAUGUUUUUAUCUUCAUAAAAUAUGACUUUCACAAAAGUUUUUCAAGUAGUUGUGUUUAAAUAAUUAGUCUGUAAACUAAGAUGAUCAAAUGUUUCGUAUAAAUCGAAUAUAUUUUAGCUAUAAUGACGGAUUGUGACAGGGAUAAAUGUUAGUAAGAAAAUAAAAGUGUGUGAGUGUAGUAGUGGUGUGUUAUACGCCGGCAAACAUACAAUGUUUGGUGUUGUAUAGCAAUUUAUUGUUAUUGUAAAUCCAUUCCAAGAAGAGGCUGUAAGAGAAGUUGGAAGGCUAGAAUAAAACUAACAUUUCAAAAUGAUUACUUUAAAUUUAAAAUUAGUGCAAAAUGGCGAUGAUAAUAAAUCUGACAGAUUAUAAUAUUCGUUAUUAACGAAAUAUUCAUGGAGUCGGAUAUGCGAGCUUGAAAUAAAACGCGUAAGGAAAUAAAACUUGUACAAAUCAAAUUAAAAUUUCUUUAUUAAAGAAGACUUUUACGAGUACUUUUAAAUUGGCAAUUAACAGAAUUGUAAAGCCGGUUUAGUAGAAGCAGAACUGGUAAGAAACUCAGUAUUUCCUCUUAUCCAACAUUUGACUUACAUAAUUAUGUUAAUUAAAUACUAAGAUUGUUUGACUUCGAUUGAUCUUUAGCUAGUGCCAUACUUGCCUUUUAUAGCAAGCCUUAGGCUCUCGGAAACUGGGUAUUAUAUAAAAACUGAAAAGUAUGACGUGUAUGUGGCAAAGAGUAUGUUAAAUAUCAAUGUUGUUAUAAGAAGAUUCACAAAUUACAUACAUCCUUACAACAUGAACAACUAAAAAUCUCUUCAUAUCGCGACCUUAAGGUUAAAAAUAGUGCUCAUUUGACGGACUUAAAACUAUUAAUUAUUUGCUAUACGCAGAUAAGAAUAAUGUAUUUUAACUUUUUAUUUUAUAAAUUUAAAUAUAUUUAUAAUAUCCCAUAUUUAAAAGUUGUAUUUUUAAAUUAUUCCACAUUUAAAUUAUGUAUGGGAAUCAAUUAUCGUUGUAAAUUAACUUUAAACAUCUAAAAUAUUAUUAUUUUUUUCUGAAUGUGUAACUAUAUGAGAUAGCUUAUAAGUCGAGUUCAGACAUAUGAUCAAAUUUCAUAAAUCCAAUUAACAAGCUUUUAUUUUAAUUUAUAAUGAAAUUCGAAAUCUAAGUAUAACUUUUUUCCAGACUAUUUAUUUAUAUGUAUAUAGUCGCAUGUCUUGGAUCAAGAAUAUGGUGGUUAUCAACAAAUUCUAAAUUGUAUAUUAAUCUAAUUAAUAUCCUGAUAUAUUAUAACAGUGUCUUCAUUUUUUCUAUUAAAUUAAUCACGUAGAAAUGAAAUUUCAACUAAAUGGAUUGCGUAAUCGGUAAAAAUAAAUGUUUAAA